AACCUAAUCCGCAUUUCACACAGAGAAGGGGGAAAGACAGAGCAGAGAGAGUGGAGCUGUGAAGCAAUGGCAUGGAGUACUUGUACGGCAACCACUAGCUGUUUAGGCGGCGGCGGUGGUGGUGUGAAUGCUUGGAGUAUGAUGUCGCUGAAGUCGGCCCUCCCAUCGAUUCCAACUACUCGAACUCCUUCACUCCGUUUCCCGCUUGGACCACAUUCUCCGUCGUGUCAAGUCAAGUUCACUCACCGGAAAACCCCCAAAGCUCUUCUCCCAUCCUACACGGGCCUCUCUAUGCAGUCUACUCUUCCCUCUUUUGGUUCCCAUGGAGAUUCUACUAGCUUUGAGCAUAAUUUCAUCAUAAUUGACAAUGGCAGUCGAUUCUUUGCCAUGAGACACGGAAAGAAAGUGCCAAAGCUCAACAGGCCUCCUGACCAGCGUCGCGCAUUAUUGCGAGGUCUCACAACUCAGCUCCUUAAACAUGGUAGGAUCAAAACUACAAGAGCAAGAGCAAGUGCCAUGAGGAAGUAUGUUGACAAAAUGGUCACUUUAGCGAAGGAUGGAUCUCUUCAUAAAAGGAGACAGGCCUUGGGCUUCAUUUAUGAAAAGCAGAUUGUCCAUGCUUUGUUUGCAGAAGUCCAAGACAGAUAUGGAGAUAGAAAUGGUGGGUAUACAAGAAUCAUCAGAACAUUGCCAAGGCGAGGGGACAAUGCACCAAUGGCCUAUAUUGAGCUUGUCUAGGCAGUGUCAGUUUGUUUUGAAAAUCCUUCUUGUAUGGUUCAAAAUAUUUAAUUUUGUGGACAGCUGUUUCUGCAAAUAAGAUUUUUCAGCAUAUGCAAUUUUACCUGUAUUUGAUGUACAAUGUCUUCUAGCUUGCAGCCAUUGGUAUUUGACUGCCAGUGGCCUUUUAAAGAAGUUGGUUGUGGCACUGCUCACCAUGUAACAGGUAGGGGCUAUUGUUCAGUUUGAUAGUAAAACCUCAUCUGGCAAAUGUAAAAAUG